CGGCUUGGAGGCAAGCAGGCAGGCGGAGGAGCGAGUUCUGAAUAAUCCCCCUGCUCUGGCUGUUGGGAACUGGGAGCCUGUCAGCUGCAGUCAGCCCUCUUUUAGUGGUCACCCACUUGUGCUCCCCCCCCACCCCCCUGGGGUGUUCUUUCUUCUUCCUCCCGCUCUUCCUCUCAUCAUCGUUUUGCUGCUGCCCUUCUAUUCUCGCCUGUUGCGUGUGCUGGUGCUGCUAACUUUGUUCAGAGGAACGCUGUGUGAUGGGCUGCUGAGUUGCUUGUUGGUCGCUACAAAGUGAGGUAGAAAUCGUCUUCUGAAGGCCACACCGCACACAGACUGGCAUGAGGCGUCAUCUGAAGCUGCUCAUCAGACGCCUGUAACACAGAGACCACAAGCAGCACACAUUUAGAGCUGAACUGCAUCAAAAGGUUUAGGUCAAGUGGUCGACGGUACAGCUCAACAUGGGGAAGCAGAACAGCAAGCUCCGACCUGAGGUGAUGCAAGACCUGCUGGAGAGCACCGACUUCACCGAGCACGAGAUUCAGGAGUGGUACAAGGGCUUCCUGAGGGACUGCCCCAGCGGGAACCUCUCCAUGGAAGAGUUCAAGAAGAUCUACGGAAACUUCUUUCCCUACGGAGAUGCUUCCAAGUUUGCUGAACACGUCUUUCGCACUUUUGACGCCAACGGCGACGGGACAAUAGAUUUCAGGGAGUUUAUCAUUGCGCUGAGCGUGACGUCACGCGGAAAGCUGGAGCAGAAGCUGAAAUGGGCCUUCAGUAUGUACGACCUGGACGGGAACGGCUACAUCAGUAAAGCUGAGAUGCUGGAGAUUGUACAGGCGAUAUACAAGAUGGUGUCGUCUGUGAUGAAGAUGCCUGAGGACGAGUCGACGCCCGAGAAGAGGACAGAGAAGAUCUUCAGGCAGAUGGACACCAACAGGGACGGCAAACUCUCUCUGGAAGAGUUCAUCAAAGGAGCAAAGAGCGACCCCUCCAUCGUCCGCCUGCUGCAGUGCGACCCCAGCAGUGCUGGUCAGUUCUGAACCUGAGGCACCCACACAUUCGCGCUUCUCUGGGCGACGCUGAAGAUGUGAACCUCUCCAGCUGGAGCAGAUUGAUGAGGAGGAAUGACAGAGGAAGAUGAUAGAAAUGUCAGGACUUCAACGUUUGCUGAGGGCUUUUAGAGAUGGGCACAGGAGCCGCAUUGUCCAUUGAUACCCCCCUAAUUCAUUACAUUUUGUCCAUAGACCUUCCAAACUCCAGCGACCCCCCCCCCAGGUUCAUUAGACAGUAGGAUGUACAUAAGCAGCAUAGCCUGGAGUCUCUGUGUCGCUGUCUGUGCUGGGCUCUCAGUACUCUGAGGGGGGGCCUCCGUCACUCUACUCUAGAGGUUUAAGACACACGAUGGUGAAGAGGAGCAGAGAGGACCUCGCCCUCCUCCCCGCUGUGACACGCUGUUUCUGCAAACGUCUGGACCGUUGGAUCUGCUGCGCCAGGACGAAGCAAACGUGUGUACGCUGCUAUGCAUAUGUGCCCUCCUCCGUGGUGUGAUGGUGUCCCCGUAUGUACUGAAGGAGGGGGGGGCCGCCUUUCCUCAUCACGUUCCUGUGUUCUGUUUUUCAUAUCAGCAGAGGAGGUCGUUCUUGUGCUCCGUCUGGGAAAGUAGUUGUUGCAGCAAUCUGAGGUUAGUGUAGAUAUUUGAACGUGCACAUCCUGAAUUCUCAGUACAGACCAAAUGUUGUGAAAUAAUGAUGAUGUUAUUAGUAAUAGAACAUGUUUGUAUAUUUAUGCCAGAUGUCACGCAUGUUUUCUCUUUUGGGAACUCCUCUCACUUUUUGACGUUUUUAAUUAAAGGCUGCAUGUUGACGCAGUCGCUGGCUGCAGAGGCAACAAACACAUAUAUGCAUGAGACUUCUGCGCAUGUAAAUGUAUAGACAGCCAGCCGGAUGACACUCAGGCCGGCGCGGUUCGUGCAGACAUUCGUGACCCCGUGAAUUCUUCAGACAGAUAAAGUGAAGUUACAUCGGCUCUGAAUGUAACCCCACAGCUAAAGCUGUUCAAGUCACUGCGUUGGUUUUAGAUUCACUUUCAAAUUUAAAAAAACUGCUGGUGUUUUCAUCUUUUUUUAACAUAAAAAAGUAAAGAUCCAGAACCAGGUAAUACGAUUCUCUCACAGUGUGUUGCUUUUAUUGUACAUCUUUUUAUAUACAGUCUAAAUGGAUCAUCUUUUCUUAUUCAAGGAAAUGUUUCAGGUGUAAUAUUUCUGUCAAAGCACAAAUUAGCAAAUUGUGAUCAAGUGCCAAAUUAAAACAAACCAGUAUUGUGUACAUUUACACUGUAUAAUUGUUAUAUGUUGAACAACAUGUUUGUAAUUGUUGCAUUUUGUAGCUUUUGUAAAGUAUCCUGUGUGUAGUGACUGCAGUUUUAGAACACAGGAUGCUGUUUUUUGGUCAAUAAAAAAACAGAAAGGAA